CUCUCCGGAGCCGCCGGUGUGGACGCCAGGCUGAGCCGGGGCCAGGACGGCUCCCCGGCGCUGGCAGAACCCGGUGGAAACUUGGGAGACUAACGGAACGCGGAGCGCACCGGGCCUGGGAAACCAGCUCCCCGCCGCGCGCUCUCCCUCGCAGCGUGCCGCUGGCGUCCCCGGGCCUCCGGCAGAAAUCGGGGCGCCCACGCGCGGACCCCCAACCGCCACCCUGUAGGGAAAGGGGGCUCUCUCCUCCUCCUGCCUCCUUCCCCACGUGGGGCUGUGCUCCGGAGGCAACCCCGAGUGGGUGGAGGUGUGCCGUGGCCUCCGCUGGUCAUUCUGGGAAGAGCUCUCCUCCCGGGGUGACUUAGACGCAGGAACUCCGCUGAGCAGAACCAGCCGCCAGAAUGCUCCUCUUGUUGCUGGGCAUCAUCGUCCUCCACGUCGCAGUGCUCGUGCUGCUCUUCGUCUCCACGAUCGUCAGCCAAUGGAUCGUGGGCAAUGGACAUGCAACCGACCUCUGGCAGAAUUGUAGCACCUCUUCUUCUGGAAACGUCCACCACUGCUACUCAUCGUCAGCAAAUGAAUGGCUGCAGUCUGUCCAGGCCACCAUGAUCCUGUCGAUCAUCUUCAGCGUUCUGUCCCUGUUCCUGUUCUUCUGCCAGCUCUUCACUCUCACCAAAGGGGGCCGGUUUUACAUCACCGGAGUCUUCCAGAUCCUUGCCGGUCUGUGUGUGAUGAGUGCAGCGUCCAUCUACACGGUGAGGCACCCAGAGUGGCAUCUCAACUCUGACUACUCCUACGGCUUCGCCUACAUCCUGGCCUGGGUGGCCUUCCCUCUGGCCCUUCUCAGCGGCGUCAUCUACGUGAUCUUGCGGAAACGCGAAUGAGGUGCCCAGACGGUUUGGUCUGAGGCACUGAGCGUACAUCGGGGGAAGGGAGGAAGGAAACCAGAAAAAAAAAAAAAAAAAAAAAGAAAGAAAGAAAAAAACCCAACCCAAAGCAACCAACCAAA